GUGGUUAGUGUUACCUGCUGCAGAGAGUUAUCAAAGACUACGUGUCACUGUCUCUUUGGGCUGAUUCUCUACACUCAUUCUCGUAAUUACCCUCUCAGUUUCCAAGUGAGAAAAAUAUUUAUGGAAUGAAUUUAAGCAUGUGAUUGACACGUGGAAGGGCAUAUUGGGAAUUUUAAUGAAAUGACGAUUGUACAAAUUGGGAUGUCGGGCAGAGGAUUAUGUUUACUUUCAUCUUAUCAGCAAAUGAAAAACGAAUGAUCCACAGAAAUCCAAAAGCCACAAAUCAUUUUAUUUCCCUACUUUGAUCAAGCACUUUCCCCUUCUCUGCUCUCUUUUUCUUUUCUUUUCCUUUUCUUUUUUCCCUCUCCUCUUUCUUUUUGAUUAUGGCGUUAGCUGAGAGCUCCAACAUGCUUUCUUCCACUUCUACUAUGCUUGAAGACGAGGAUGAUCAUGAUACUGAUGAUGGGUAUGAUCAUGAUCAUCAUUCUCACACCCAUAAUUUGUCUAGGUUGUCUGUGUGUACUAGUUCUAUGUAUACCAUUGAUGAUGAUGAUUAUCAAGAUUGUGAUGGUAUGAAGAUGUUCAUGUCAAGAUUAUCCUUAGAAAGCUUCGAUGCAGAUGAGGAACUUUCCGAUGAGAAAGAAGGGAUUGGCUUGCUUGACCUCUCCUCGGAUUCCGAUGAAGAACCGAGUUGCUACUCUCUUCCAGCGACCCCGCCUCGCCGGAGAAAUCGCGGAGGUUUGGUAAAUAAGAAGCUUCUGGGGGCGAAGGAGUACGCUAGUGAAAAUGAAGCUCAAAAGGGUAAUAUGAGAAAGAAUUUGAGGAGGAGAAGAAGGGCUGUAAGGGAAAGAUGGAUUGAUGCGGAUAAUAAGAGUAAAAAGAAAGAUGAAGAGUUUUUGGGUGUUGGAAUGGGCAAUUACUAUGGGUACUGUAAUAGUUUUAGUGGGGAGAGUGAAGGCGGUGGGCUGGUAGUGAUAACACGGCCGAAGGGAGGGAAGAGGUCAUUGUGCAUGGACUUGGAAGAAGUGAAGGCUUGUAGAGAUCUUGGGUUUGAGUUGGAGCAUGAGCGCAUGCUGGAAAUGCCUGGUCGUGUCUCCCUCUCAGGAUCUACCCUUGAUACAAGCAGCGGUGGCAAUUCGCCUAUCGCCAACUGGCGGAUUUCUAGCCCUGGUGAUGAUCCGCGAGAAGUGAAGGCCCGGCUAAAGGUAUGGGCACAGGCAGUAGCGCUUGCAUCUGCGUCUCGACACGGCGGCAUCUGAUCUGACUGCUAAUGUUUGCGGAUUCUAAAUCUAAAGCAUAUUUUUUGCACUUUUACCUUCGUAUCUUAAACACCCCCCGAAAAAAACUCAAAAAAAGGGGAAAAAGGAAAAGAAAAAAUAUAUAUAUUUUUGGAGGAUAAUUAUGAUCUUGAUUUUCAGCGUAGGUUGCUGGAGUUGGUAGUUGGGGUUGGCUUGUUAAGAAAAAAGUUUCCUUUUUGUAGGUUAUUUUGCUUUGUGGUGUUGGGAUUUCAGGUCGGAAUCCCUCUCUGCUCACUGUACAUGUUUCAGUUAUUGUAAAUAGAUCAGGUGAUCAAGGGUUGAGCGUCCCGGUUGACGCAAACCGGUUGAUCAUUAAUAUUGUGAA